AUGCAUGAAGCUUUUACCAAUGACACAUCCGAUCCCGUGUUCUACAUCUUUGCUUUCUCCACAUCUGAAAAUGGAAGGAUAUUAAUUCUAACAGUGGUUUUGCUGAUUUAUCUGACUAUUCUUAGUGGGAACCUUCUCAUAAUUUCAUUGAUAUGUCUGGAGCCCCAGUUACACACAUCCAUGUACUUCUUCCUGUGCAAUCUCUCCACAUUAGACAUUUUGUAUGUCUCCACAACGCUCCCUAAGCUGAUCUAUGUUUCUCACACUGGUGACCAUGUCAUGUCUUAUGCUGCUUGUAUAGCUCAGAUGUAUUUGUAUCUAGUAUUUGCUGAUACAGAGGGCUUUUUGUUGACAGCCAUGGCCAUUGACCGCUAUAUAGCAGUUUGCUUCCCGCUACAUUACUCUCGCAUUAUGAGUAAACAGGUUUGUGUAUUACUAGCAUUUCCAACAUGGUUUCUAGCUUCUGUCAAUGCCUUCAUUUUAACCUUUUUUGUCUCCAAAAUGACAUUUUUUGGCUUAGUAAAGCUCAAAAACAUCUUCUGUGAUCUUAAAGUCAUACUCAGCGCUUCCCUCAGUGACACUACUUCUUUGAACACAUACAUUUUUGCAGAUGCCGUGCUUAUUGGCGCCCUUCCCUUUGGCAUCAUACUGGCGUCCUAUAUCUGCAUCAUAUACACUGUCUUAAAAAUUAAGUCUUCAGCUGGAAGAUGGAAGACGUUCUCAAGCUGUUCUUCCCAUAUAACAAUUGUUGUUUUGUACUAUGGUUCCGCCAUGUCCUUGUACUUGACAAAGUCUGUAGAACAAGAUGUGGUUUUCUCGAUGAUGUUUGCUACUUUGAUCCCAUUGUUAAACCCUUUAGUAUACAGCUUGAGGAAUAAAGAUAUACUACGGGCUAUCAAAAAAAAUGUAUAUAGAAAAAGAACAUGA